AUGGCUGCCUGGAUCAUCAUUGUCGGCUGUGUCUUCCAUGCCGUUUUGUGGAAGUCUACCAGAUGGCCUACCCUAUUGUCUAUUCCUCUCACACUGUUUGUUCUUCUGGUGUGGAAGGUUCUUCUCUGGCCAUUCGUCUUUAGUCCCCUGCGUCGAUUGCCAGAGCCAAAGGGCGGCCAUCUCCUCACCGGCCACACACAUCUCGUCCCCAAUGAACGAUCGGGAAUGCCUCACGACGAAUGGAUCAACGAGAUACCAGACGUCCCACUCGUGCGCUACCGGAUGCGCUGGAACAAGGAGGUCGUGUUUGUGACGAGUGCGCCAACUCUGGCGGAGGUCCUCGUGCAGAAGAACUACGAGUUCAGCAAGCCGGCGAGUCUGCGACGGGGGUUAGGACGGAUUCUCGGCGUGGGAUUGAUUGUCGCCGAAGGACAGGAGCACAAGACACAACGCAAACUGCUGAUGCCGGCGUUCUCCCACCGACACGUCAAGAACCUGUACCCUGUCUUCUGGGAGCAGGCAUGUCGGCUCGUCGAGGUGCUGGAGGAGGAAACUGGAAAGACAGGACAGGCUACAUUGGACAUCACAGACUGGCUGGCGCGCGCGACGCUGGAUAUCCUCGGCGUAGCAGGGCUGGGCGAGGCCUUUGACACGCUGCACCAUCCAGACCACGAGAUCUGCACCGCGUACCGGGGAGUGUUUGAGCAGCGACGCCCUGCAGGAAGAAUAGCGCUGCUCUUGAUGAUGGCUCGUCAUGUAUUGAGCCCCGUGCUGCCUCAGCGAGACCCUAUCAGCGUCGCAACGGAGACCUUGACGGGGGUUGCGCGGCGAUUGAUCGCCAACAAGACAAGGCAGACCGGUGCCUCUGCCUCUGGAGGGAAAGAUAUCAUCUCUGUUGCCCUCUCGUCCGGCCAGUUCACAGACCGCAUGCUCGAGAACCAUCUGCUCACUUUCCUGGCUGCAGGACACGAAACCACCGCCACGACGCUGACGUGGGCCGUGUACGCGUUAUGCCUAUACCCAAAGGUACAAGAGCGAUUACGGGAAGAACUGCGUCAGAGUCUUCCCAUGCAGGACUCUGCCGUCACUGCCGAGUCCCUGGACACCCUUCCCUAUCUGCAGGCCGUGUGUAAUGAAGUGUUGCGCGUGUACCCCCCCGCAGGACUCACACGACGCAUCGCCGUGCGCGAUACUCUCGUCCAGGGCCAAUUCAUCCCCGCCGGUACCGAGUUAGCGAUCGUGCUGCGCGCGACUAACCUCUCGACUCGGCUCUGGGGUGCCGAUGCGCGAGAGUUCCGCCCAGAGCGUUGGCUAAAGACACCCUCUGGCGGCGGCAGUACAUCCAACUAUGCGUUUAUGACGUUUCUGCACGGUCCGCGGUCGUGUAUUGGACAGGGGUUUGCGCGCGGGGAGUUUGCGUGUCUCCUGGCAGCGCUGGUGCGGGCGUUUACCAUUGAGUUGGCCGAGGAUGGACCCAUCGUCAUCGAGACGGGGCUUACUUCUAGACCGAGGGGAGGGUUGAAAGUACGUUUAACGCAUGUAUGA